AUGAAUCUACGCUGGCUCACCGAUUUCGCUACCAAGGUCGAUUCUAUUAGUGGUCGCAAAGCAGUCGUGGACCCUCGUAACGCCGGAAAAGAACGAAUCGCAAGGGAUGGGGCAAUGGAGAUCAAGGUGUACGAAGAAGCCGUAUCGUACUUUUUAUUGUCCUUGUUUCCAUUUCUUACCAUGCCACAGUCAUACAAAGCAUGGCAGCACUUACAACAAACUAUUUCAAAAUACUACGCUGCCGGGCACCACGCCUCAGACCCCACAACAGCAACAGUGACACACAAUCGAGCGAACACACUGACCGAGUACGGCUUUACAGGCGAUGAGAUUCGGCUCUUGGAGUGCACCUUGCCUGUUGUCUCCACCCGCAACGCCAUUCUGACGCUUUAUUGGUUGCUUUUGUACAUACUGCCACUCCCAUCGCUGUUGGAGAAGCUUCCAGCAGAGAUCGCAGCUUCUGCCAAGACCUCACCGUCCGACUCAGUUGGUACUCGAUCAAUUACCCUUAACAUCUCGGAAUUCGAGAUUGAGCUGCCCUUGCUUGUCAGCUGCUACCGCGAGAUACUGCGUCCUGUCGACCACACCAUCUGCAACCGACGCAUCAUGCAGGACAUGACCAUCACAUACCAAGAUGGUCAGUCCUACUUGCUCAAGAAGGGUGUGGAUAUCCAGCUUCCAGCAGGUUUCACGCACAGACACACUACUUCAUGGGGUCCCGACGCAGAACAGUUCAGAACCGAUCUUUUCUUAGCCUCUACGUCGAAAGUUAUCGGUGCAGACCGUACCCGCAAGGUAGCCUACAUGCCCUUUGGCGGCGGCCGGCAUCUUUGCCCUGGCAGGACCUUUGCAUUUGCGGAAAUCAUCGGAUGCGCAGCUGUCAUGCUACUGGGCUUCGACGUUGAAGCUACAGGAAUGGGGUUUGAAGACACGCAGAUGCGCGGGCCGCGCUUUUCGAGCUCCACUGUGAAACCUGUCGGUAGUGACAAAGGACUCGGUGCCAUGAUCAAGCAUAGGGAAGAAUUUGCCAGUGUAGCUUGGAAGUUCUAUUCUUGA